AUGUUUUGUAAGUUUUCCUCAUCUAAGUUUGUUAUUAAAAAAGGAAUUUACUUCGACUUAUCCCUCAAAAUGUGUACGAAAGACAUGUCCAUUGAUCACACCUGGAGGGGAGUUCCUUUAUCUCAAAUAUAUGGUUCUGAUUCGCCAUGGGGUUCUCCAGAAUUCCCUUUGGUUCAGCCAACGUUUAACCAUGCUGUUUUAUAUCAUAUUUCGCAUAAUCGCGAUAUGGAGAAGCCACCAAAACCUCAAAUUGGGACUGAUAAGUGGGAUCAGGAUCAUGUAAGAAUGCCAUGUUCUAGGCAUAGCUUAUAUCCUGUUUCCGAUAGUGCUGGUCGCAAACAAUUAAAGGAAAGGUGGCAUAUUAUUGAGGAAGUCCUAAGCAAACCGAUAAAAAACAGUAAACAAUUGGCAGAAGCAAUUAUCACAUAUAAUUCAAAAUUUAAAGAUAUUUGGACAUUCUCAUCUUUACACUAUCUUUUCGAUGAAUAUUUAGAAGAGGAAGAAACACAAUAUUUCUUUGAUGUUACCUUACCACAGAUAGCUAACUUGGCAUUGAUGCUACCUAAAUUAGUACAAACUUCAAUACCUCUACUUAAGCAAGGCAAGAUUCAAUCUGUCUCCCUUAGUCAACAACAAAUAUCAAGCUUACUAGCAAAUGCAUUUUUCUGUACUUACCCGAGAAGAAAUUCUAGGAAAACGACAGCAGAAUAUGGAAACUAUCCAUUCAUCAAUUUUUCUAACUUAUUCAACCUAUUACCGAAGGAACAUGUGUUAGAGAAGCUGAAAAGUAUUUGUCAUUAUUUCAGAAGAGUUUGUAGUAAAGUCCCUACUGGAGUUGUCACAUUCAGCCGCCGAUCAGUGCCGUUCCAUCAAUGCCCUGACUGGGAUAAGUCAACCGUCAGUCUGGCAACACUGCCUGUACAUGUUGAUUCAGAAAUGAUCAUUGAAGAUUUACCUGGAUUGAUACAAGUUGAUUUUGCUAAUAAAUUCCUUGGCGGAGGAGUCCUACGUGGUGGGUGCGUGCAGGAGGAAAUACGAUUUGUAAUCUGCCCAGAGCUCAUGCUGUCUAUGCUUUUCACUGAAGCACUAGACCCUACUGAGACAGUGAUAAUUAUAGGUAGUGAGCGGUACAGUGACUACACAGGGUAUGGCUCCACCUUCCAUUGGGCAGCAGACCAUAUAGAUCAGACACCGCUGGACUCGUCUUGUCGAAGGCGGUGCGCGGUUCUGGCUAUGGAUGCUGUUCCAUUCCGCAAUGGGAGCCUUCAGUGGAAGAAGCAAGCCAUACUGAGAGAUUUAAAUAAAGCAUGGGUUGGAUUCUCUAGUUACACGGUUCCGGAACCUCACCUUCAAUAUCCAGGUGUGGCGACUGGGAACUGGGGAUGUGGUGCCUUUGGGGGCACUGCAACCCUCAAGUCGCUUGUGCAAUUGAUGAGCUGCGCACAGGCCCGACGGCCUAUGGCCUACUGCACAUUCCAUGAUACGGAGCUCAGGGACUACAUAGAACGCGUUUGGACCAUUUUCACCAAGCACAACGUUACUGUUGGUCAAUUGUUCAAAAUGCUCGUGAAGUACUGUGACACGUGCAACAUAAAAGAGGUGUCACUUCAAUCGUUUUUAGAGGACGAAUUGGGAGAAGAACCAGUCACUAAAAAUAACACAUCAGUUCAAGAGAGCUCGCAGGAUUCCAUUAAAUUAGAUCCAGUAUUAUUACAAACUUCGCCCGAUAUAUUUGAAGACGAUACGGAAACAGCUGCUGAUAUAGAGAACAAGCGGAUAAGCCAAAGCAUGAGGCUCUUUGCGGAAAUGGAGAAGUUCGAUCAGGAAAGCGGCAAUUUGAACUUAACCAGCUCCGAGCGAUUGACCGAGAAAAUGGACGUCGCAGUCUCACCAGGGGUUAAAAUGAAAACAAUGAGAAAAAUCACUGAUUAUUUUGCAAAAAAGACCUAA